UUUUUAGGAUGUAACCGCUGAUGAAUUUCAAUUGUGUAUGACAAUUUUGGGUAGCACCAAAUUGGGUACAACCAUUACUGGACAUGCUGAAUUAGUUAAUUUGGCUAAAGAGCAAGCUGAACUGAAUGCAGAUAUUGACGCCAUUACCGUUGAAGAUGAAAUUGUCGAACGUUUCAUACAGUGUGCCACACAUGCAAUGCCAUAUUUCUCGAAUACCAUUAAAUCAACAGAUUUUGUGGUUUAUGUUUGCGACAAACUAUUGCCAUUGAGUACAUGGAAUAUGAUUGCCACUGCCGUGGCACAGGAUCAGGUGCAGUUACGUGUACUUAAGGUUUUUGCUGAAAUGUGUACAUAUACCGAUGUUUUGGAGAAUGCCGCACAACGUAUCGAUAAUGUCUAUCAAGUAUUGAGGGAAUAUAUGCCCUUACCCAAACUCACCGAAGAGGAAGAUGCUAGCAGUCCACCACCAUCAUUUCAAUUUUCUCAUGCCGAAUGUUUACUCUAUGCAUUGCAUACAUUGGGUAAAAAACAUCCCGAUAGUUUGACAUUUGUUACCGAUGCUGAAAAAUUAAAAGAUUUCCGUUCAAGGUUACAGUAUUUGGCUCGUGGUACACAGGGCUACAUUAAAAAAUUGGAAGAAGCUGUUAAGGGAAAAACCGCCGAAGAAUUAAAGACUGAAGAAAAUCAAUUGAAAGUGACCGCAUUGAAGACCACAUCAAAUAUUAGCAUUCUAAUACGUGAUCUUUUCCAUUCACCACCCAGUUUUAAACAUGAAAUUCAGCUAUCAUGGGUUAAGCGAAAGAAUACGAAAAUCGGCUCGAAACGUCAUGCACCCAUAACAUUCGAUGGUAAAACCGAAAAUGGCAAAGAUGACGAAAAGAAAACAAAGAAUGCAAGUGAUCAGAAAAUUUAUUCACCACCAUCGGGCAAAUAUUCGGCAAAGGUGCAAAACUAUGGUGGUGGUAACAACAAUCGUCAACGUUCACGCAAUAGUGGUGGCGGUGGUGGUUUCAACCGAAAUCGACGCAAUUUUAAUAAGAAAUAUUAA